AUGCCAAAAAAGACUUACUUACGACCUCCAAAUGACGACUAUGCGCCAGACACCAACAUUUGUCUCGGUCACGUUUGGUUAGAUCCGAGAGACCCCGGCUCAGUCAUCGGGACCCCUUUGCCAAUUCCUGGAAAUAUAGAUAUCAAUCAUACCUAUAAAGAAUCAUGGACUAUGGACCUUGGGCGCAAUUCUCAAUCCAAGAUUGGUUAUUGGGCCAAAAUCGCCCAGCUUCCUGUUGCAGCAGGCGCGCACACAAUUUGGGGUCGUUCCAAGGGUAGCGUCUAUACUAUCCCUAAAAUGGAUACGUAUUCUAUCGAACCGACGCCGGAGUACGUUAAAGCGAGUACCUCUUUGGCCUCAUCUGAUAGUAUUCGGAAAGGAAGCAACUUCUAUAUGGUUACGGGCGUUAAAAUCGCUAGAGGCGGAAGCGCAACGAAUGUUGACUCUAAAGAUAUUGGUGCCGAUAUUAUUCUCGGCGUUGAUGCCACAACGGCCAGUAUCCCGAUUGAAGUGGGAGGGGAGGUCGGUUAUUCGACGGGUGGAUACAAUAAUCAAAGUUUUGGCUCCUCUAGCGACUUCGUGUUUGCCUACCGGGUGCGAGAGAUCUUCUAUGAGAAAAGAAUCCUGAAAACGAGAGAGUAUAAUAAAGGGGCAGUCUUGGGAGAAAGUCUUCCAUCUGAGAGUUGGAAAGAAGGAAAUAAGGCUCAGUUCACUAUUGAUGAGGCUGAAACUGGCGACGAAGACUUUAUUGCCGAAGGGGAAAUUGACGUUUUUGAAGAUGAUGAUGGCCAAGAAGUGGCUAUAGUUUCCUAG